GUAAUACAUAGUUUUCGUGUGACGUCACACAUCCGGGCGCUUCAUCACUAGGUCGCCAUCUUUAGAGGCAAGCGGAACGGUCACGGUAUCACGAUUUCUUAAAAUAAAAUUCUAAAAAUAAAGCAAAUAUGGUAGUUUCCUGUUGGGUGAAAGGUUGUACAAAUAGACGUGACUCAUCGAUCCAACGAAGUUUUCAUUCAAUACCGAAAGUAAGAGAACAUGAGGGAGUCAAAACAAAGGAAUUGAGCAUUGAACGAAGGCGGUUGUGGCUGGCGAACAUUAAUCGCAAGGAUCAGCCAACAGAUUCCUCGAAGAUCUGUUCUGACCAUUUCGUAACAGGCAAACCAGCAGAUCUGUAUGACAAACCCAACCCCGACUGGGCCCCAACUCUGAAUCUGACCGAUACACUUACACCUUCAAAAUCGGAAAGAAAGAAACAAAGAGUGGAGACUGACCGUAAAAGGUAUGAGAGAGCCCAAGAGAGGGGAAUAGUUAAGAAAAAGCAUCAUGCAGCCCGAGCAUUGUUGGAGCUUGCCAGUGACCCUGGGCCAGAAUUCAUUGCUACGCCAUUGUAUGACUAUUGUGAGGAUAUCCCUGAACCUAAGCCGGUAUGCCAGUUUACCUUAACAGGACAGCUAAGUGAUGAGCACAAUGCUGAUGAGGAGUAUGUUCCAGAUCCAAUCAACAAGAGUCAGGUGGAUUCUGAACUUCAGAGACUUUUGUCUGAGAACAGAAUGCUGAAAUGUCAGCUCAGUGAAUAUAGGUUUAAUGUGGAAAGCUUUGAGAAUAACACGGACAAGGUGAAAUACUUCACAGGACUACCUAACUAUUUAGUCCUAAUGGCCCUAUUUGAUCUGGUAAAAGAGCACAUACCAACACCCAGACAUAACACUGACUUAGGAAAAUUUGAAAGACUGAUUAUGACCUUAAUGCGAUUAAAAUUAAACAUGCCAGUUCAGUAUUUAGCAUUCAGAUUUAGAACAUCCCCUGCAACUGUAUCAAAGACAUUUCUAGUUAUCAUUCAUAUCAUGUACUGCAAACUAAAAAAGCUUAUUUAUUGGCCAGAAAGGGAAGAGUUAAGAAUGACAAUGCCAUUGGAAUUUCGCAAACAUUUUGGGCAAAAAACUGCAGUUAUAAUUGACUGUUUUGAGGUGUUUAUUCAAAGACCAAAAAACCUUUUGGCCCGGGCACAGACAUGGUCCAACUAUAAACACACAAACACUGUGAAAUUCCUUAUUGGAAUAACUCCCCAAGGUUCUGUUUCUUUUCUCUCAAAAGCUUGGGGUGGAAGGGCCAGUGACAAGUUUAUAACAGAGAAUUGUGGACUGUUAAGCCAUUUAUUGCCAGGAGAUCUUGUGUUAGCGGACAGAGGAUUUGACAUUUCGGACAGUGUUGGAAUGUGUUGUGCUAGUGUGAACAUCCCAGCAUUUACUAAAGGAAAGUCGCAACUCUCAGCUCUUGAUGUGGAAACAACUCGAAAAAUUGCCUCAGUAAGAAUUCAUGUGGAAAGGGUUAUCGGGCUUGUUCGAAACAAAUAUACAAUGUUACAAGAUAGGUUACCUAUUGAUUUCCUUAUGUGCACAGAUGGAAUUCCGGCUGUUGAUAAAAUUGGAACUGUGGCUUGUGCCUUAACUAAUAUGUGUGAAUCUGUUGUUCCAUUCAACUGAAUGAUGCCAGUUAAGAUGUUAUAAUGUUAUGUCAAAAACAUUUUGAUAAUUCCAGGACUUUAUCAGACUAUUUUCCCGUGUGUUAAAAUAAUAAGAUGAAAGCUUAAGAUGUUAUAAUGUUAUGUCAAAAACAUUUUGAUAAUUCCAGGACUUUAUCAGAUUAUUUCCCGGUGUAUUAGAAAUAAUAAGAUGAAAGCUUAAGAUGUUAUAAUGUUAUGUCAAAAACAUUUUGAUAAUUCCAGGACUUUAUCAGAUUAUUUCCCGGUGUAUUAAAAAUAAUAUGAUUAUUUGUCAUUUAAUUUAUUUUUUGUUAUUAUGUUGUUUUACUUUAUUAAUAAAGUAAUUAAAAUGCACUAGGUUAUUUCAUUUAAAGUCAGAACUUAAGAAACAGAGUGUCCAGGACUCCUAUAAUUGCUUGCCAAUAUGCCAAUUAUGAAUAUCAAUAAAUUGUGUUUCUUGAAGGUCAAAGUCAAACAUGCAUUCAGUCCGGGUCAAGAAAGAAUUUUUGUUAAAAAGCCCUUAUUUAGAGAUGCUGUAGCUGGUGACGAGAUCUUGAUGAAACCUCACUGACCUUAAUAUAUUUAAACAAGAUGUAAAACAAAUCCAUAUUUUAGUAUUUAAUUGAAAUAUAGCAUAAAUACUCAAGGAAAGACAAGGUUAAAGCAACAUACACAACUUUUUUGAUAGUCUUUUCUGUGAAACACAUAUUUUUCUAGAAUACAAAAAAGUCAUAUUUCAUUUAAUAUAUUUCUUCGGCUUCUUGCG